AUGUCUUAUAGAGAACUUCGUAACUUUUGCGAACAAAUGAGGGCUUUGGGGUAUCAUAGAAUUAUUUCAAUGGAAAACUUUAGGAGGCCUAAUUUUGAAUUGGUUGCUGAUAUCCUAUAUUGGCUAGUCUUGAAGUACUAACCUGAUGCAGACAUAUCGGACAAUAUUGAUGAGGAACGACAUCGAGUUGAAUUUAUAAAACAGAUUACUACUCUUUUUGUUAGUAAGGCUAGGCUCAAGAUAAAUGCAAAGAGAUUAUAUAUGGCAGAUGUUUAUGCAGUUCAAGAAAUUUUUAAAAUUUCAACUUAUUUAUAUAAAGCUUAGAUCUCUUAGCCUGCAGAAGAGGAUGAAGUGCAUGAAUUCUCUCUCCCCUCUAAAUUAUGUAAUAUUAAGAGUCAUAAGGUCUUGGCAUAAGAGAUUACUGACUUAGCCACAAGGUUAUAUGAUUAAUUAGGGAAGGAGGAUGAAGUGAGAGUUGCAAGAGAAAAAGCAUUAUAAUUCUUAUAGAAUGUGUCUAGAGGUGGAGACUCGCAAUCAGAGCAGUCCUAAAUUAAAAUGUGUAUUGAAUAGAUAUUGAAACAGUAAGAUUCGAACAUUCAAGAUAUGUCUAAAUAUGUAAGUGGUUUGGAGAGUGAUCAAAAGCAGAUUGAUGAAAAAAUCAAGAGAAAGGCAAAGGAACUAGAAUAGGCAGAAAAAAGGUUGAAGGGGAUGACUAGUGUCAAGCCUGUUUAUUAAGAAGAAUAUGAUAUUUAGGAAUAUGAAUUGGAUAAGUUAUAUUAGAUUUAUAUGGAGAAAUAUAGAAAUCUUGUAUAUCUAGACAAUGUUUUGGAUGCUCAAAAUAAAUAAGCAGAAAUAGAAUUGAAGAAGUGGAACUAAUUUAUAUAGGGACAUUAAUGUGGAGGAUGUACUAUCUUUCAUACGGAUGAGGAUGGAGAAUUAGAUGAGGAUGGAAAAGUAGAUGAUUUAGACGAUUUAAGUGGAGGUGAAGACGAAGAAGAAGAGGAUGAAUAGGAUGUAAUUGAGAAUUUGGAUGAUGAUGGAGAAGAUGAAGACUUUUGA